AUGAAGACUCUUUUACUUUUACUCUCCUUGAUAGGCAGAAGUAGUCAGCUUACGAUAGGUGACUGUGGGGCGGAGGCGAGGCGACCAGAUAUAGAUGAUAUAUCAGUGGAGUGUGGCACUUCGUCCAUUUCUCUGGCCAUUCAGAUCUGCCCGGUCAUCUACACCGGCUACAACGAGACUCUCCUGAUCCUGAACCACAUGCUGGACCCCAUGUGCAAAGCGACCCUCGAUGAGUCGGUGACUCCACCCGUCGCGCGCUUCAGCUUCCCACUGAACAUGACCAAUGCCUGUGGAAGCACGUUCAGGACCACCAGUACGGCCGGUACCGGCCCGUUUGCCGACUUCUCCAACAUUCAGACCGUCAACAUCAGCGGCGUCGUUCGGUCCAUCGACCCGACCACGGGCACCAUCACCUACAACGCCGAGCUGAAGUACCUCUACUCCUGCGCCUACCCCCUAGAGUAUCUGAUCAACAACACCCAGAUCGAUGUGUCCGCCUCCUCCAUAGCGGUCAAGGACAACAACGGGAGUUUCAUCAGCACCUUGAGCAUGGAGCUCUUCAGCGACGCCAACUACACCCAGCCCAUGGUCAUCCCCCCAUUGGGGAUUGAACUGAGGACCGACAUGUACGUGGAGGUCAAGGCCACCAACUUGACGGGCCAGUACCACGUGCUGCUGGACCGCUGCUACGCCUCCAUCUCCGCCCUGCCCUCCAACUCCAGCUUCUUCAACCUGUUCGUGCCCUGCUCCAAGGACCGCUUCACCACCAUGAUCGAGAACGGGGACAGCCAGUCGGCCCGCUUCAAGUUCCCGGCGUUCCGCUUCAUAGAGCAGCAGAACGAGACCGUGUCCACCUACUUCCUCCACUGCAUCACCCGCCUGUGCGAGAUAAGCACCUGCAGCACCUUCAAGCAGUGCAACCGGAGGAGGAGGAGCACCCUGGACACGUCCGCGGCCGUGGGCAUAGACACCACCUACACCAUCACCUCCCCGGAGAUCAUCACCAAGGCCGACACCACCGAGUCCAAAGAAAAGCCCUUCGUUGGAGAAGAAGACGAUGACUCGGCCGUCGGGCUCGGCGUGGCCGUCGGUGUGCUUGCCUUUGCUUGCAUAGUCGCCCUUAUUGUUGCAGCCUUGUUUUACAAAAGGCUCAGGAACUAA